UGCCUAAACAGUAAAUAUAUUUUGAUGAUUCAAAUUCAUUCUAAUGAUUUGUACCGUUUAUAGAUGUACCGUCUGUCGUGUGUAGUUUAUUAAUCGAAAAUGAUUUUGAUUGGUGGUUUGUUAUUUUUCGCUAGCAUUACCACAAGCUAUUCAGGAAUAUUAACACCACUAAUCGUUGGUGGUGAAAAUGCCGAAUGGGGUGAUAUACCGUACAUUGUUUCGCUUCGAUCAGAUUCUUUACACACUUGCGGAGGUGUUUUAAUCUCCAAAGAUUGGAUAAUAACAGCUGCACAUUGUGUUACAAGUUCCAUUAUUAAAUACACAAUUCAAUAUGGCGUAUUAAAUAUAUCUUCGAAUGCCAACGAUAAAUCCGUAAUUGAAAUCGAAAAAAUUAUAAUACAUGAAAAAUUUGAUUCAUUUACAACAGAAAAUAAUAUCGCUGCACUUAAGCUCAAAGAACCCGUGAAAUUUAGUAAAUAUGUCAGCGCUGCUGUUUUACCGGAACAAAAUGAAGAAGUACCAGAAGUGGAUAACGCGCUGCUAGCUGGGUGGGGACAACUCUAUACAAAUGGUCCAAUAUCAACACAGCUCCAGAAAGUUGAACUUGCCAUAAUCGAACAAGACUUAUGCCAAGGAUUCCAUUUUUUGCAAAUAUUUGAUACAAAUUUAUGUGCUGGUAUUUUACAAGGUGGAAAAGGUCAAUGUAAGAAUGACGCUGGGAGUCCUUUAACUGUAAAUGGCAAAGUUGUUGGAAUAGAUUCGUGGUCAGGAAAGCCAUGUGGAAACAAGCAACUACCAGGAAUCUUUACACGUGUCGCAAGUUACCGUGACUGGAUACGUUCUACGACUAAUGUCUGACUUUAACAGUGUUCAAAUUGUUAAAACUUUAUUUUAGGGUGUAUUUAAACUUUAAAUAAAAUAAGU